UAUUCAAUAGUUAUUGUUUCAAAAUUUCAGUCCGUUUGGUAAGAUAUAUAAUGUAAGUAUUUUUGGCAAAGUAGUUCUCAUUCUAUCUUUAUCGCAUCAACAAACGACAAUGGCGAACUUUGGAGUUUGUCAGUCCAUCAAUGAUGCAGAUUUAUCCGAAAUAAUAGAACGGGACACACAAUUUUGGUGUCAAAAAUUGGGUGUUACUCCAACAGAUUUAUUUCGAGGCCCCGUCCACGAGUUAGAGAAAAAACUGGUUGUUUUGCGAAAGAAAGAACUUUCAAAAAAGAGACAGAAGUCGGACCAUGGACGUGAUUCUAGUUCGAGAUACGAAAAAUCUUGGAGAUUACCAGAGCUUGUCCGACAAUUUCAAGAGUCUCAGCAAUCAAAUGGUGAUUCCUUUGACGACUCAGAAGCCGAAGAUGAUUACUUUGACGAUGGAGAUGACGGAGGUGAUUAUGAUGCAGGACCAUGUUCAAGUAAUGGUGGUUCAUAUGGUGGUGGCAAUUGCGGUGCUCAACAAAAUAGUUGUGCUAGUUGUAACUGUCCGUUUGAAAUGGGUAAAGAUCAGUAUAUAAACCAGUGUAUGGGUAAACCACCUAGAAAACCUCCAAUUGCUGAUGUCGUUUUCCACGCUCCGCCAAAUGGGUGCGUACCGUGUUGGGGUAGUGAUAAUAAACAAGCCAAGGAUCCAAGUUGUUGCUGCUCUUGUCCCCCUGACUUUCCAAAAAUUUGUCCACGCGUCAAAGGAAUCGAAUAUGAAGAAACUUUUCUGAAGAAGGACGAGGGGCCAGCAGAUGGCUAGAUUUCUAAUUAACUAUUAUAUGCUAGAAAUGCGAAUAUUUUUGAUAGAAUCUGAAUUACAACAAACAUCAUACAUUUUUUGCCAACCAAUUUCAUUACAAUAAAUUACAAUUAACCAUA